AUGGUUGAUAAAAAAGGGACCAAAGGAGAAAAAGGUAUCACGAGAACUUCGGGAAACACCGAACCCUUUGGCAUCCAGCCCGAAAGAAAAGAACUGAUUGACGCCAGAUACCGAGGAGCAGCUUGUCGCACCAGAGGAGCUGCAUUUCUUCCUGAACUUUUCCGCAAGGGCAGCAAAGUGGAUGGACGGAGUUCUCUUGUUUCCUGCGACCAGAGGACAGGAGAACGAAGCAAGAUAACUGGAAGGAAAAAGAUUGGAGCUCACGGAAAACCAUGCAUUGUUUCAAAAUGUACUUCACAUCUGGAUGCCAACUUUGAAGCGAAAUCUCGACCUCCGCCGCCGGAAGAUGAGGUCGUUCAUAUGGCAGAGAACUUGCAUACGAGGGAAGUCAGACUCAAAAAUAUUGUUGCCACGAGUCUCCCACACAACCCCCCCGCCUCCCUCCGCCCUGGGACCGCUGCACCGCCGCUCCCCGCCUCCCGUCAGCGCUGGUUCUCCGCCUCCGUCAGCGCCGCUCCCCCCUCCGUCAGCGCCGCUCCCCGCCUCCGUCAGCGCUGGUCUCCGCCUCCGUCAGCGCCGCUCCCCGCCUCCGUCAGCUCCGCUCCCGCGCCUCCGUUCAGCCGCUCCCUGCCUCCGUCAGCGCGCCUCCCCGCCUCCGUCAGCGCCGCUCCCGCCUCCGUCAGCGCCGCUCCCCGCCUCCGUCAGCGCCGCUCCCCGCCUCCUUCAGCGCCGCUCCCCGCCUCCGGCUCAGCGCGUCUCCGCCGAGGGGAGGAGCGGGCCGAAGUCUCUCUCAUUGUUGGGUCCAGCUGA